AUGGAAGAUAGUGAUAUUUUCAUGAACAAGAUAGGAACUAAUAUGAACAUGAAGUUUGAGAAGUAUUGGUCAAAGUACAAUUUAAUUCUUGCAAUUGCAAUUAUUUUGGAUCCUCGUUAUAAGUUGCAUUUUGUAGAGUGGGCUUAUACUAAGCUUCACGGUAAGGAUUCUCGAGAAUUCAAGUGCGUUACAGACACAUUGACAUGUCUUUUUGAUGUGUACACAGAAAAUUUAUCUCCUAUUCUUAAUGCAAGUUAUCCAACGAAUGAGACAACUAGUCACAAUGAAGGUGGAGACACCAUUCUUGAGGAUUUUGAUAAUAGUUAUAAAAAUGGUUCAAGUUCAUGUAAGAAAAAUGAAUUGCAUAAGUAUUUGGAUGAGGAAAGACUAGAUAGAAAGCAAGAUAUAGAUGUUCUUUCUUGGUGGCAAAUGGAGCAUUUUCAUUAUCCGAUACUUUCACAUAUAGCUCAGAUGAAGGAAAUACUGAAGUGGAAAGCCUUACUAAAGAUAUCUUCAAUCUUUCUUGUGAAGAUACUAGAUCAGGACAAUGUUCCAAUAGUAUUUCCCUUGAAGAUUGAUGAAAGUGAGAUUGCAUAA